GUGCGGGCGGCUGCCAUGGCCCCCGGAGCCGCGCUGGCCCCGGCCCCGGCCCUGGCGCUGCUGCUGGCGGCCGCCGCCCGCCUCGCCGCCGCCUCGGGCCUGUGGGCGCUGCGCUGCGGCUUCUCGGCGGACUGCGAGUGCGGCUUCGGGCCCGACUUGCGCGGGCUGGAGUGUGACCUGGCCACGAACGUGGUGGGGCAGCCGCUGGUGAGGCAGCAGGUGGUGCCGGCGGUGCGGGAGUUCCUGCAGAACCCGCAUCCAGCGAAACCGCUGGUGAUGUCCUUCCACGGCUCGACGGGAACAGGCAAGACCUACGUGAGCUCCAUGCUCGUCCGCUACCUCUUCCAGGGAGGGCUGCAGAGUCCCUACGUGCACCAGUUCUCGCCAAUAGUGCACUUCCCCCACGCCGAGCGGCUGGAGCAGUACAAGGAAAACCUGAAGCACUGGAUCCAAGGGAACUUGACAAACUGUGGACGGUCAGCCUUUCUCUUUGAAGAGAUGGACAAGAUGCACCCGGGCCUGAUCGAUGUGAUCAUACCAUUCCUAGGACCUUCAUGGGUUGUGUACGGGACCAACUACCGCAAAGCAAUCUUCAUCUUCAUAAACAACGCAGGAGGGGAGCUGAUCAACAAAAUGACGCUGGAUCUCUGGCACGCCCACAAGGACCGGGAAGAGAUCAGCCUGCAGGACCUGGUACCGGCCAUCUCCAAAGCUGUGUUUGAAAACCCUCAGAGUGGAUUCUGGAAAUCUGGGAUCAUUAAUGACAGUCUCAUUGAUUUUGUUGUGCCCUUCCUUCCACUGAAGCACCACCAUGUAAAGCAGUGUGUCAUCGGUGAACUUGUCCAGCAAGGCCUUGAAGUACGUCCAGGCAUUGUCCAGGCGGUGGCUGACAGCAUCCCCUACUUCCCAGAAGAGGAGAAAAUAUUCUCAUCAACAGGCUGCAAAACAGUCACCUCUCGGAUCAGUUUUUUCUUCUAGUCGCUGGCGAGGCCCUUGCUCAGAUCCAUAGGGGAUGUACAUGGAGCUGUAAAGCAGCAGAGCCCAGGGCUGGCAGGAUGAGCACUGGGAGCUUUGUGUUCCCUCUCAGCAGCACCAGUGCUCUCCUGCUGAACUCGUCUCUCCAGCCCUGAGGAGGUGGCUGUGGGACCAAGUGCAAGUGAUGUGAUUUGAAGCACUUUACUGAUUGACCCUUGGCCAGGUGAGGGUGGAUAUGGCCAGCCCAGCGCACCACCCGAACCAUGACGACAGCUCUCCCCUCUCCAGGCAGCUGUCCAACUAUGUGAUAUCCAACACAUUAAGAUUCUGAGCCCACAGAAGAAUAUUUCUUUCCUACAGCAUUUUAACAGGUUUUUUUUAAGUCUUUUUAAGCGUGACUGUGCCCCAGCUCCUUGGUGCUGGCUUGUGAACACCUUCAACAUUGCAGCAAAGUUAUUUUCAAGGAAGUUUUAGGGCCAAUUUCUUUCCAGCUUCCUUUCACUGCAAAUAGGUGCUGGUAGGGACCAGCUUCACCAUCAACAAGUGUAGGGGGGUGGGAGAUGGCAAUGGCUGAUCUGCCAAAAACCCUUACCACCCCGGUCCAUCUUUCCCCUAAGGUCCAAAAGAUUUCCCUGGAGCAAACCAGGGAAACAACAACAAAAGACUUCUCACUUUGUUUACCAGCUACAAAUCAUUUCAGUCCUACCUCCAGGGGAGCCCAUGGUGCCACUAACAGUUUUGAAAAUUGCUUUUACUCAGUGACGAUUUCUACAGCAGGCUGAGAACUUGGUGCUAUGAGCUGUUGAGCCUCUUCUGCAUCCUUCUGCUGGCCAGACCUUGCAGGCUUUGGCUGGACCAGUGUCUGUUGAGCUUCUGGGGAGUGUCAUUUAUGACAGGGGACCUGGGGACAUUUUAGAGAAGAUUAGUGCUCUACACCACCAGGCAUAGGGUGCACAGCAACACUGGCCUUUGACCAGGUUUUAAUCUCCUCUGUGCAGUCAGUUAUGAGAGAACAGGUCAGAGGAACCUGAACUCUUAAGAACAAACUGCCUGAGGGAUGGGUGCAGGGAUUCUUCCCAGAGCUCCCAGUGCUCUGCUCAGGCCCUGUGCUGAAGUGAGCUUCCAGCACUUGGGACCGUUCCAGCACUGGGGCCAAAGCUUUGUGGACAGCAGUUUUAGAUACCACUCAGAUGCUGCCCAGGAGCUGGCCCACGGUUAGACCCAAAAAUUCUGCCUCUUCCAAAAAUGUUAUGCAUUUCUAAUUGUGAAAUAAAUCUUUUAUUAAAUAAAUGGUUGGGGAACCAUCUUUA